ACCUCGCCAUGGCAGAGUAUACGAUGAGCCUUCCUCGCAUCAGGGCUGGUUCUGUGUCGGGGUCACGCAGCCUACCAGGCUCCAGGCGCUUCCUUAACACCGACCCCGCCCUGCAGAUUGAGCCCCGCGAUGUGAUCACUUACGACUCAGAUUCGGAGGCCACAGGGGGAGCCAUGUCGGGGCGACGUCGCGUCGACGACGCAGCGCUGGGCCUCGGCCGCAACAAGCACGGCACGCCGCUGUACUCACGGCAGGACAUCCGAGAGCAAUACUGCAUCAACGACAAGGAGCUCAAGGUGCUCGAGAACAAGAAGAAGCCGCUCUUCGGCUGCCUCGUGGCGCCCAGCCCGCAGCCGCCGAGCAGCCAGGCUGGCAAGCGCCGCUCGCUCAUCCCCGCGUGCCUACGCAGCCGCGUGCCCUCCGACGAGAACGUCUACAGCAGGAGCCACACAGCGCUGGCGGGCACCCAGAGCGCCGUGGCUCCGCGACCCAAAAGGGGCGGCGACUUCGACGAGGAGCCCUUCAGCCGACGGCGCCCCAACACCAUCUGCUACACCGAUCCUAAGCGACUAGCUUCACUAGACAGCAAUCUUAACGGACGCGGUGGUGGCAACGUGCGCCUCAGCAGCGCCUCAUACGUGGACCAGCAGCCACGGGCGUCCGCCUCAUUGCCUCAUAACUCCGAGCCUCACGCUCCACUCAACCAUCUCACCGAGGCCAACAAGAUCGCAGCUGGCCUCAACGAACCUCUCCAUCUUGGCAUGAAGCCGGCUAGCCAUCACUCAGCAGACUUUCUCAAUGGGAAAGAUCUCGACCAAACUGGUGUUGCGGUGCGUGGGUGUUGCACGCAACCCCAUACUCCAGAGCUCGGCAGCAGUGCCCGGGUGCACCCCCUGCCAGACCACCUGCACGACGACCGCCACUUGCAGCAGAAGCACGUCAGCUUCCAGAAGGGCAUGAGUCGCUCGACGACCAUGUCAGACACUCCAGAUGAAGCUAACGCUGUCGAAAAAAUCGAAACUCAAUUCGAUACAAAUCCCGUUACCACCACCCGCCUGAUGCGGGACGGCAGCGUGCGCUCCACCGGCGGUGGCGGUGGCGGUGGGAGCGGUGGUGGUGGGUCGGUGAGAAAACACGAUGCUGCCACAGGAUCCUCCUCCAUCUGCAGGAUUCAAGACGCGGCGGCAGGACCUUCAACGGGCGUUAAGACUCAGGAUGUGUCCAUCGGACCUUCAGGAGUCCGGACGCAGGACGCCGCAACCGGCGCGGGUUGCAGCGGAGCAGGACUGUGCGCCGCUAGGGCCCAGGAGCGUCUACUUGGCAACCGCAGCCCAGAGUUCACCAGUCAACAACAACAAUUGCUACUACAAAAAGAACAACAGAUGGCUCUCGACAGACUCCUCGCCCCUGUAUUAACGAAGGCAUUACUCAGAGUUGCUGCUCAGGAGACUUCCCAGUUAGAAGUUAAGCAUAAGCGAAAUUCCGUAGCCUUAAUUCAAAAAAGAAUAGUGCAAUCACCCAAUGAAAUGCAAAGCUUUCUUCUUGAAGGACGAGUGAAACCGAAAAAAUUUAUAUCCAAACGUGACAUUUUCGCUCACUGUAGUGAUGUACGAACAGACUGCUGUGUAACUGAAACGGUGGGCAAUGAAAGGGUGGACACAUUUUCGUGCAAACGUGAGAAACUUCAUAAGAGCUUCAGAAAAUGCAGAAGAAAGAUACACGAAUCAGAACUGAAUUUCUCUGCUGCAGCAGAAGACUUUGAACGUGAUGCCUCUCGUCUCAUUGUUCCGACCCAGCCUCGCCUCGAUGCUUCAGGAGUGGAAGAAGCAUCUUGUUCAAAAGCAUCUUGUUAUUCGCUAUCGUUUUGUGCCUGUGAAUGUGAGACGUGCUCAUUAUUUUCAGACAGAUCAAAUAAUUAUCAGUGCGUUGAUCCUUUUAAUUUGAACGAUUGCUUUCAGAGAUCAACCCUAAAAGAUAGCUUAUUUGAUAGCGACGUUGAUGAUGGUUACAAAAGCGACGAGAGUUAUGACGGUGUCCAAAUUAACCUUCCCCAAGACAGUUUGUUGCCUGCGCCAGAGUCAAGUGUGGCAUAUCCUAAUGACUCUGGUUUGGAAGGUCCGUGCAAUCGAGUUUAUUCGGCGAAUCUCUUGCAGCACAGAAAAUUGUUCGCAACGAUGAACGAAAAGCAUUCCCUGCAGCUUGAUAAUAGACGACAAUACUGUGUUGAACCAUUUGAAAGAAAUCUGGAGCCAUUAAGUAAAGAGAUCAGUUCAAGACUUGAUCAUUCAUGGUUUAAUCGAGGAAUCGUGCAUAACACAUCCGCCCGUGCUAUGUUUCUUGAAGAUUCCGUUAGCUUAGAUGUAAUGCAACCGGACACAACAGCCCUUCGAAAAAGUACUAAGUCGGCGGAAAAGGAGCUUCCGUGCGAUGACGACUAUGAAAGCAUUUGCGGUGAUCGAAACAGAGAGGGUGGCGAAAGCGGAGAAGAAGGUGACGACGAGAGCAAUGCCAACGAUCAUAACGACGAUGGAAACGAUCGAGACGAUGACGAAAGUGGUGAGGGAAAUGGUGGGUCGAGUGACGGCAGCAGUGGAGACGGCAAUGACGGUAGUGGUGGGAGCGGAAAUGACGAUAGAAACCGUAGUAAUGAUCGUAGUCGAGACAGCGACGAUAGAAAAUAUCGACGCAGAGAAAAGAAAAAUGACAAAUCUUCAAGUUCUGAUGAGGAAAGUGAUGAACUAAAGCUUUCGGUGAAGGACAUUGUUCAAAAAUUCGAAAAGAGCAGGUCUCCAGUAUAUCUGAAGAAAGAGCCGGAGCGAUUAGAAGAUCUGCGUGGCAGAAGAGAGAAACCACGGCUUCGUCUUGAUAUCAGCCAACCGUUAGAAACUCCAAGAUCAAAACAAAAGCAACGCAGGGAAGACCCUGUCCAUCUUUACAGUCGAUAUGUGUUUGAAAGCCCCAAAACGAGUCUGACAAAAUCUACAAUUAUGCAGAAAAUUCCACCCACCCCAACAACGGCAACUCUCAAAUUGUACAAUCUAGAAGAACCACAAACCGGGAUGAAAAAGAAAAGCCAUGCUACCCAGAAUAAAACUAAAAUGAAUAUGAACGUAGUGAAAGAAGGGCAAAUUAUAGCCAAUUCUACUAAAUACAGCGAUAAAGUUGAUGCUAGAGCUUCAGAGAAGAGCAGACAUAAAUUUGUCAAAGAAGAAAAAGAUGCCGACGAAGAAACGCCAGCCCGCUACAUGACUCGAGCGUCGAUAGUUCUCAGUACCGCCAAAAUUGCCGAAGAUUCUCGAGCCAUCGAGGAAACCAAGAGUAAAAAUAGAAGUUCUAGCAUCAAGAAACGCAGGAAAGCGCACACCAGGUAUCUUGAUGAUAAAAAUGCUGACAGUGAUUAUGGUGCCAUGGCCCGUCCGCAGAAUAGCGGUCGAGACAGAAAAAAUGACGACCGAACUCGAAUAUCGUCAAAGUUUGAUGCCUCGAAUGCAGUCAUAUCUCCUGGCAAGGACAAUGAUUUAGAUACACAUCCGAAUGCUGCCACUUAUUACUCAGCAACGCCCACCGAGUCUCUCAGAAAGUAUGUUUUAGAAAGCCCUGUAGCGCAUCGAAGCAUUGAAAAAAAUAUUUUGAUUGAACGCAUGCUACAACAACAGCAGCAGCAAGGUGCCGAGUCUCCACACAAAGAAUCUUCACAAAUCUAUAAUCAAAACACAUUACUCCCUGAAAACUUCAAUCAACAUGACGUUUUCAUAUUUGAUAGUAUGAAUGAAGAGACAGAUAACCAGAUAAAUAAUUCCAAGUCUGUAAAAUUGCUUGCACCCGAUUCUUCACCUACAAAACGAAAAGUUAAGAAGAAAAAGCGUCCUCAAGAAGUCUUAAGUGAUACCUCUGAAAUAAAUUAUCCAGUAACUAGUUCAGAGUUAUCACUCAGGUAUCAACGAGAAACGCAAAUCCGUGAUUUACCAGCAUUACUGCCUAUUAGAGACAGUGAAUUUGACUUUGAGAAACGCAAGAAGAGAAAACCGAAACGAUCACAGUCGAAAGAUUCGAAAGCAUCCGUAUCCACUCCAAUGUCAACAUCUUCUCAUUACUACGAAGAUGAAAGAACGAUAGAAAUGAAUGCACUUAGGAAUGAUGCGCGAAAAAGCGAAGAUAUUGAAUUUCAGAAGAAAGAAAACAUGAAUGUAAAAGCGAAGCGAUCGCUGCUGCGAACGAAAGAACGUUUGUUAAACUUUUUAAAAGAGGAAUUUCAGUCUUUGAAGACUCAUAUUGUCAACACGCAAGACUCCAAUUAUGGACUAAAAUCGGGAUCUUCAAAAGGUGAACAACCCAACCCACCGACUCGGAAUGAAUCUUUGGAUUCGAAAGCCAGAAAAAGCAAAACACAAACCGCAAAUGUUGGUCUGACAACUAAUGGCGCAAACGAAAUCACAUUAGAUAAGAAAAGGAGUAGCAGGGCGAAAAAAUCCUUACAACAAGAAAAAUUCGAAGAAAAUACUAUUACAAAGAAUGUCUCUAAACGCCGUCGUAGAACUGUGGAAAGAGAAAGCAUGGGGGUACAAACCGAUGAUGAAAUGACUGGUGACGAUGAAUGGCAGUCAAGAUACACGAGAAGGCCUGUAACAGAUAAACCUGGCAAAGAUAGAUCUCGAUCAUCCGAAUCUGGAAAGAAAACGAAAAAUUCGAAAAUAUAUUCUGAAGCAAUGUACUACGAUCGCUCAAAAAUGGCCAGUAAGAUAGCCGAACAUUCCCUUGAUGCGAAGAGUAAAUGCAAGAAGAGAAGUAAGGAACAAGAGGUCUCUGUAGAAAAACACAUUCCAGUAACCGAACAGAUAAAAGAGUACGACUUUGGGGGCCUUGCUAUGUCAGCUUCACAAACAUUCGAGACCACAUCAGUGCUCACAAACGUUAGUUCUGUUAGAACGAAACGAACAAGGUCGGUAUCUAAAUCCACAUUUGCCACUCAAACCGACGACGAAUUAAGUAUGAAUUACCGUUCUGGUGACUCUGACAAGAGAUCAAACGUGUCGAAAACUGUACCUACAUCUAAAGAAAGCACUCCUGCAUCAGUGAAUUUUCAGCCACUUGAAGGAGAACUGUCAAAAAUCUUAGUGGAUAGAACGCUAAAGCCCAUACCUAAACCAGGACCUAAACCCAAGAAGGCAAUUUCCGGUUUAUCUAACUUACCAAAAAUGUAUGCCUACCGAUCUGCUCCCGAGUCAAAUAUUUAUGUGAACAUACCUGCAGCCCUUCUCUAUCACGGCAUUAAAAGCCAUGUUAGUGUUGAAGUUUCUGACGAAGAUCUGUCAGAAGGAACCCGAUGCAUUAGUGCAAGUGAAGCCGAUAAAUUAAAACUCGAUAAAGUACUAGACAUGGUAACUUCAGGUAGAGAAAAAAUCGAAGAGUUAGAAGCACAUGGAGAAACUACAGAACCGCCAAUGUUAAUAAACAAUCAAUUAUUUGAGGAGGAACUCGUGAGAGAAGGGCUGUCUGAGGAGAGGAAAACCACUGAAGAUACAAUGAAACUACGGCAUCGGGAGUCAAAAACUAUUAGAGAAAGGAAAUUCGACGGUGAGGAUGAAGAAGUUCACGACGAGACAGCAGCCCAAUUAGAUAGGGUUCAAAAUCCAAAAAUUCUCAUUGAACCAGAAACGGAGGAAGAUUUUCUUUCCGACGACAAUGACGAAGAGAACACAUAUACCAAGAAGUUUGAUGAUAAAAGCGUGAAGGAUAAAGGUAAAUUGAGUGAACGGACAGUAAGUAAGGAUAAUUUCAGAAGGUCUUUCGAAAGAAGAGGCAAGCGUUCACGAUACCGAGGCUCUCAACGAAAAAGGGAGUUUGAUAUUGAGAAAUACGGAGAAAGAUUAAUAAGAGCUUUAGAAGAUUGUCUCAGAAAAGGAGAACUGAGCAAAGAAGUUUCUGAAGACACCAAAGAGAAAGAGUGCGAACAGACAAAUCUAUUACCCAGUCAACAUUUGAAGGCCGACGAUAAGAUGCAUCACUAUGAAUCAGAUAAAGAUGAUAGCGAGUUAAAUACAAAACACCAAGAUUUUAAGGCGGAGAAUGACGAGGGAAAAACAUUUGAAAAUUCAAUCGAAGCGUCAUUCCUUGUAAAUCCACUCGACGAAGAAAAUCAAUAUCCCAUUGACAAUGCAAGAGAAAUACCUACUUCAAAAAUAGUCCAACCAACCAUUGACAGAAACCCAUCAACUUUGCUCGACAAAUGUGGUCUUUCGAAGACGGAAAAUGACAAUGAAGAUAGUGCUGCGUUGUCAGAUCACGGUCCAAAUACAAAAGAGGCUAACCGAGCUGAAUCGUCUCCUACUGAAGAUGUCGAUUCAACACCAUUAAGUCCUGAUUCGAGUGAUGUUCAUGUUCAGGAGGAAGUCACUCCAAAUCAGCGAAGGCGGAAUGUUACUUUGAAGCGAUGGGUCAGUGAACCCUCUGUGUUACCAGAUGAAAGUUCCUACGAAUUUCGGGAGUAUAAACGGGAUUUGGUGAAGGCCUUGUUACUUAUCCACAAACAAGGAAGUAGACGAGAUGAGGGAUGUCUUAGCGAAGAUUCGGUCUCGUUUGACAGUAUCACACGAGAAUUGGGUUCGCAAUUCGAAUUAUUUUUCGGAGAUCACCCGUCAGAUGAUCAAGAAACAAGAACCCGCAGUCCACUGGUACGCCAGAAUGCCGUAGAAUACAAAGAAACUUUACAAGACGGCGAUCGACCUGGUUUCCAUGAUCCAUCCCCGAAUUUUCCCCGUCGUACACUCCAUGGAGAGAGUGCACGAGAGCGCGAUGGAAGUGUUGGCUCAAUUGAAGAGCUUGAAAUGAGUGGGGGUGAAGAUGACGAAUUAGACGAGGAGGGUGUAGAAUCUAUGCAAGAUGAUGAAGAAUCCCGUUCAUCCUCGAUUCAUUCAACAGUUGAGAGUAGUGAUGAAGCCACUAGUGAAGAAAUUAGUGUAUUAAAUAGAAACAUUGACGAAAGAGAUUUUUUAGAUGAAAAAGAUGUUGAUUUGCCAGUUCGGUACGCUUCAGAGAUUAUUUCAGAGUCUGAAGCAGCUUUGUGUUACGAGCCUGAGAACUUUACUGUCGUCAAUGAAGAUAUUCCACCAGUAUCCGUUCUGGCACCUCAAUUAGAUGAUCAACAAAUUAUAAAACAAGAGCGCUCACCGGCAGACGAAAGAACGAUAGUUCAUCCGACAACUACCAAGUCUGACAUUCGAUGCCUGUUCCCGAAAGAUAGCGAAGAGAGAUCACUCUUCCUUGAAGUUGAUUGUUUUUUCAAACCAGUGAAAGACUCUUUCGAAUUUGAUGUCAACCCUCCGAUUAAAAGUGAAAUGGAAGCAAAUUUAUUUCCCGAUCAGCUUAGUAAUACGCAAUAUGUCGAGCCCGGCCUCUUUCCCAACCAAGACCAAGCUGUUAUUUCUUCUGAAGAAUCGCAAAAGAAUGAGCUGAGUGACUGCAGUUCUUCGAAAAGCAGUCGAAGGUCUUCGUGGAGGAACCUCUUAUUGAAACAACCUCGUGUGAUCGACACAACAUCCAGCACUGCUGACACAGAAGCCGAUAAAAAGUUGAGCGCUGCUUCUUCACCUCGAAUUGAAGGAACUGGUGUCUUGCAGUCGUCCAAUUUGAGUGAAUCGAUAGUGAAAUUAGGUGGAUUGAAAAAUAAACAAGAAAAUUCCCAGAUAAGCGAAGAAAAACUUGAGCCUGAUUUUUCGUUCCCAAAAACCUCUAUUGAUGAAGUGGAAAUGACCGAUUAUUUUGCUAUGUCUCGACAAGAAACAUCAAGACAGAUGGAAACUAAUCGUUCAAGUAAAAGCUCGAAGAGCUCGAGAAGUUCCAAGGACGCUGAAGAUCUUAGUAAGCAAGGUUCUGACGAAACAAAUAACAAACUUGCUUGCAGUGACUCAUGUCAAGUCAUAGAAGAUCUUCCUACAACUAUUAAAUCUGGCGAAGAAACUGACGUGAUUCGGCCAAAUAAUAUAUCCUGUGUAAAGAAUAACCAAGAUUUAGAUGACUCCCCCUCAAAUGACGUAAAUGGCUCUUCUCUCUCAAUAACAUCUCCGGUGAGUCUCGAAUAUAAAAAUGAGAGUCGAAGGGGCAGCGUAAGAACUCGGGAAAGAAGAAAAAGAAAGAAAAAAGUUCAACUUCGGUACAAAAGAGUAGAAGAUGAAAAUGAAAAACAUUUGAAGAAAGUGAAUGAUCCCCUUCAAGGAGUUCAGAGCACUACUGAACAAGGUGAAGUCAGACAUCGAAUGCAGGACAUUCAUGUUCCCCAUCGGGGAUAUUCAUCCAAAACAUUUACAAAUAGUAAGAUUAGUAAAAGCAGUAGAAAAUGUAAAGGCCCCAUUACAGAGGAAUGCAAGGAUAACGAUAAACGAACCGAAAAAUCUACAAAGGCAGUUGAAAGCGUUAAAAAUAAUCGAAUGCCAAAACGACUCACUCCAAUGCCCAUGCCUGUGAAUCUGAAUGUUCUACCACCUGAGAGCUCAGCCAAAUUCAAAUCAACAGGGUGUUGUGAAUUCGGGGAACUUCCUAAACAAAUUAAAGUGAACACUUGUUCGAAUGUACAUUCUUCGAGUGAAAAUUUUCAAGAUUUAGAUAUGACGGUAACAUCGGCAGAGACGGACUACAUUCCUAUACAGCCAGAAGACGAGACCUCCGAACAUAAUUGUUCGAGGAAAGAUAUCUGUGACUCAAAAUUGAGGUUGUCAGAGAAGUUGAGUCGAAAUCUACCGGUAGACAGUUGGUCGAUAGAAGAGAAAGAAGGUGAUGGCGAAGUGAACACUGAUGCUGAGAAGAAGACUUCUAAUAUACCUGACUCUGAUGCAUCAUCAUUUAGUAAAGAAGAAAAACUGAAGAGGUCUAGCAUGCGCACCCAAGCGACUCAAACUGACCAACCUCAGCCUAUCCAGAUGAUGGGAAAGUCGUUACCUCAAUUGGACAUAUGCUCUACGGCUGAGGAUAAGGCGCGGAUGGUAUCUCAAGCUGCGCAGACAAUGAGUAACGGAGAUCUCGACCCUCACCGACGGCUGGUAAAAAGUUUGUCCGAAGCAGCUAAUUCCGAUUUAGUGCGCUGCGAUCUUUAUGACUUGGACCGAUUAGCUCCUCCAGCCCGAUAUCAAAACGAGAGUCGCAUGCAAAGAGUUCCAUCGUUUGAUCUGGCUGAAGAUGAGUAUUCCUUAUCUCCACAUGAUCUGAGAGGCUUAUCUGAAUCAUCAGAUGUGUUCCUCUCUGAGUCUCCAGUAAAGUGCAGAAAAACUGCAUUGCACAAAACUAUGUCUGAAGGAGAAAUACUUCAAGAAAAGAAACGAGCAUUGAAACUUUCAUCAGGCUACGUGGAUGUUGAAAUCAAUGGUUGCAACGAUAGUGAGGAGGAUAUCAUAGAACCUCACUGUGUGGAUGAAUGUUCCCUUGAUCUGUCUCAUAGCAGAAUAUUUAGCCAAGAAUCUUUAAUCGACGAUGAACAGCUCGACGAGGAUUCUUUCCACGAGUACCUGCUCGCUGAUGAUUCCGCUACACCCAGUUCUGAAGCCCGGAAAAUUUCAGUUGUAUCAUCAGAUACAGGCGUGAAACGAUGCGAUGCCAAUGAAAUCAGAGAAGAAAAUAUUAUACAAAACAAACUCGAUACUAAAUUUUUCGAAAUGCGUCCAAAUCUGGAAGAAGAAAGCCCUGAAGUUUCUCCCAUCGAAGUAUCUUCGUACCAUGAAAUAUUAGAUGCAUGCGAAGAGUCCGUGAGUGAAAGCCAAGUCACGGUAGUUCCUCGGCGUCUCAACUUAGGUGGAUCUGGGCAAUUAAUAAUGUCAGAUUCGGAGAACGGAAACGCGGUGAUGCCAGAGCACUCCGGGAAAAACCUGUACGUUAAACAGAGCAGCUUGUACGGGUCUUCGUUAGAAGAAGAUGAGGAAUCAUUGAGACUACGAGCCACGAUGAGCCGACCUAGCAUUACUAACUUGUCUAGCCUGUCGGAUGCUCCCUCAAAUACCACAGAAUAUCUGACUCCUGAUAGUUUCAUUGCUCCUACUUCGCCUAGUUCUUCUUCCAGUGACUGUGACAAAGCCAUAGCUUCAUCAACUGAUGAGUACGGGUCUGUCAUAAGUGGAGAUUCAAUGACUGUCAAAUCGGAUGGCUUUGAUCAUGAUGGUGAAGACCCUGACCUGAUCAUUGAAGAGAAUUAUAUGGAAAAGCUCGUUCAAGAGCUAAAAAGUUCUGAUUUUUCCCCAUCUAAACUUUUAUCUAAGCUGGAAUCUCGUAAGAGAACAUCUCCCGAGUCUGAUUCGUCCAGUAGCCAUUUUACGGAUCUUGAGUUCACGGGGAGCGUAAUGACAAUUCAUUCAAAAUCUGAUACGUCUCGGUCUAACUAUAAUAAUACAAACAAUAAGUCGCAGUCAGAAAAUUCGGAUGGGUAUAUUUCCGCUGGCGAAUUUUCAAGUUCUUCUACAGAUAAGAGCCGCUGUAUAACAGAAGAACGACAUGUUUCGUCUCCACCUAGAAUGGAGGACAUUGUGGAGUGCGAGUCCAUCAUAACUCCCAUUGUAUCGAGUGCUCUUCAAAUAGAUUCUAAAAAAGACGCUAGAGAAGGCUUCGAUAUUCUGAAUAGUGAUUUUGAAACAGCUCAAGAUUUGACAUCCCCCGUCUCUGAUACCACCACAUCUGCCAGCUAUCAAAUCAGUGAAGAGAAUGAUAUGACCAAGCCAAUGAUUCCACCAAAUUCGAGCAAGUCCUUCAUGUUUAAGCCAAAUGUACCUCCUAAGCCGGAGAGGUUUUCUCCAUCAAAAGAAUCUAAAGAGAGGCCUUUGAUUCUAAGAGCCGAGAAAGCUGUUAGCACGAGGCAAAUUUCGGCGACAGAGAUCAGUGGAAAAUCAGCGUCCAUAGCAUACACAAGACCUUCUUCAAGAAAUGCUGAAGGUUCGGAAACUGAUUCACAAAAAGUAGAUUCGCAAAAUUCAAACCGUUUUUUUGAUGUUGACAGCAAUACGACUGAGGAUAGUGCAGACAACCAAGGAGAUGGCGAAGAUUCAGAUAGUGAAAAUCAGCUUGAAAUUUGGUCUGAAGAAGAACGAGAAAAACUGAAAUCUGGUAUGAAGUUGGAUUUUCCUGCUUGUCCUCCUACUUGCUCAGAAAGUUCUCAGCCAUUUGGGAAAAACGUUAGGGAGCAAGAUAUGAAAAAAUUGAAAGUAUUUGAGUGCAAAUCAAAGAAAAUCGAGCAUUCAGAUCAAACGAGGUCUACAUAUGUUCCUUUGGGACAGAGGACCAUAGACAAUCAAGACAACGGCCAUUCUCUGGCCAACGUCGAAAAGAAGUAUCAGAAGGAGAAGAACAAAAGCAAAACUCCCGAUGAAGUUACAACUCCAGGAAUGGUUCGCAGUCCCGCCAUGCAUGAAGGGUUUAGAGUUCAUGAAUGGACUCCUGUGCGAACACCAGGAACACCCGAAAAAAUCCUUGAUUUUGACACAUCAGACGAUUCUGGAACAGAUCACUCACCUCGUUUACCUAAAGCAAAGAGCCCCAAUCGUCCACUAAAAGAACCACGAAAGAAAUCGAGUGAGGUUAGCCGGAGAACCGACUGUUCCAAUUUAACUAAAACUUCUUCUUCGUCUAACAUCCGAAAUGCAAACUUCUUCUCACACUCUCAAGAACGUAGUGAUUCAGUGGACCUAAAACUGUCCCCUACUCCCUGGCAAGAGACACGACCGAGUUCGAGCAUCCCUACUUACAGACGGGAUAGUUUGAUACACGAUUCACCAGUACCAUUGGACUUUGAACCCAACUAUCAUUCUGCGCAUCAUAACGAUAAGAACGGCCAUCACGCGACUCUUUGCACUCAAUGUGGUGAACGGCCAGCAUCAAGAGAAGGACUAUUGAGAUCUACACCGUCUCCCCAACUUAUGCAUCCAAUACCGCAUGCUGCACAUCGCCAACAAUUGGGUCACCAGUUUUACGUGAUGCAAAAAUCACCUAGUCUCCAACAUACUUUCCCUCCAGAGCUUAACAUGAACAAUGUACCAAAAACUCGGCCACUGCCUCCGCGUGCUCGCUCUGAAGAACGCACUGCUUUCAACAGGGAUUGGAGGUUCUCAGGCCACAGCCUGGAAUGGGGUGACCACCCCCGGCAGGAGGGCGAGGACGACGAGCGCGGCGUGCACUGUGAAGCGUACAGAGCCUUCCCCUGGCUGCUGCUCGCUGCUUGGGACGAGCUCAGGGUAUGGCGCAAGGAUAGUGGGCCUUCCACAAUACCGAUCCCUCCGCAUGUACGAAUUAAAGGAUUCGAUAGCGACGAAGAAAACGCAGACGACCAAAACACGGAAGCAGCUGCGAACAGACGAGGUUCCGGAGAUUCGACGUGUAGUGAAAAAGACUUCAGGAGGAAAUAUCAGGCCGUCACACACCGUCUUGUGCACAGGAAGGCUUCCAUAGAAAUGUUUCGUCGGCUCGCCAAUAACACUUUCCAAAGCGAUCGAACGGUCUACGUAUCUCGCGCAUCGGGCGAGUUUGGUUUCCGGAUCCACGGGUCGCGGCCUGUGGUUGUGUCCGCUAUUGAGGUGGACACGCCGGCCGAGACGUCGGGGCUGGAAGUGGGCGACAUCGUCCUGUCCAUCAACGACGUUAGUGUCCUCGAGGCCUCGCACUCCGAGGUUGUCAAGCUCGCACAUUCUGGCGGGUGCGACACCUUGAAGCUGGAGGUGGCUCGAACCUGCAACUUGCUGGCCCCGCUGAUCACCACAGACCCCACGCCGCUCUGCGCCGGCUACCUCUACAAGUUAGGAGCUGCGCACCGAGCGCCAGGGUCUUCUGCCAUCACCCGACGCUGGCACAGACGAUGGUUCGCCUUGACCAAGGACCAUUGUCUCUACCACUACAAGCGUGAAGGAGACCCACACCCGCUGGGGGCUGUGGUCCUGAGAGGCCACACGGUGCACGCGUUCUCGACGGCGUCGCGGCCGUACGCGUUCACGGUGUCGCUGGCCGGGGAGGUCGGCCUGCAGCUCGCCGCCCACACCGCAGAGGCCAGGGGCCGCUGGGGCCACGUCAUCACGCAGGCCUCUGAGCAAGCCGCUCAGAGAGAUGAGCUCCUGGAAGCAUCAGCGCGCCGAGUCCAGCAAGCUCCAGGCUCCAUCGCAGCUCCAGAUUGCUUUGGUUACUUGCACAAGUUAGGCGCGAGGUGGCACCUCUGGAAGAGGCGGUACUGUGUCCUCAAAGACGCCUGCCUUUACCUCUACUACGACACGGACGCCACCCAAGCUAUCGGCGUGGUAUACCUGCACGGCUACCGCGUUCAGAGCACAUCAAUCGGUGGCAAGAAACACGUAUUCGAGCUGCUUCCUCCCGAGUCCAAGUUCAGACACUUCUACUUCCAUGCCGACUCCGAUUACGACAAGAAGAGGUGGUUGGCUGCGUUCGAGUACUCCAUAGAUCGCUGGAUAAAGCUGGCGUGACGUUAAGCCGACGGUGCACUCACCUCCAGUUGCCUUCCCUCGUUCCAGCCCCAGACCAAAUGUGGCCAGCUUCCUUCUGACGCGCUAUCGGCAAUACGGAGAUGACGUGCCUACCUCUACAUGCCGAUCUUCUUCUACCUGUAAAGCUCAGCCUUUGAAGCCUAACCAUACAUCCCGAUGUUCUUUUGCCUUUAAAACUCGGCCUAAGAAGCCUACCUCUACAUACCGAUGUUCUUUUUCCUGUAAAACACGGCCUAAGAAGCCUACCUCUACAUACCGAUGUUCUUUUUCAUGUAAAGCUCGGCCUAAGAAGCAAUUGCAACCUCAAACUUCGGUGUGAGAUUUCGUAACAUCAUAUUGUUGUCAAGUUCUGAUGUUAGACGGGGAUGUACGGAAUAUCACUCUGGAGAACUCAAAAUUUGGAUGCAUUUUAUGUAGCGUGAUAUCAAAAGUUGUUCGUAAUCGUGCUGCGGAACAAUAAAUAUGCUGGGUAUUGAACGAAGGUAUCUACCAAUGCUGUUUAUUUCCCAUUUAUAAUGCUCGUUGUCCUUUCCAUUUGCCAGCCUCAAUUAAUAUUCAACUAAACUAAACGCCUAAAAAGACUUAAUUCACAGACAUGAGUUUUCAUAUUUUUUUAAAUGAGUCAUUUUUACCAUGGUUCUUGAUACGUUGUAAGAAGUUGGUUAAUUUUUAAUUAGAUUGAAUCAGAGCUAAUCCAUUGAAGUUAAAAUGUUUUCUAAUCGAGUGAAAUGAGGUUAAAUUAUAAUUGAGAUAUAAAUCUUUUGGAAACAGAAAUAAAUGAUGUUGAUUUCUCUUAGCAUUAUGUUUCACAACUUUUAAUGAAAAAUUUGUUAUUUCAAUUGUUAAAUUUCUCGUCAAUUUUGCGUUUUAUCGAUGAAUGAUAAAAGUUUGUAGAGAAUAAUGCAAGCCUUAAACUUGGAAGUAGUUUAGCCUGGACAUGAACAGGACGCAAUCACAGUUCGCCUCGCUCAAUCCCUUUUAAUAUUUAUCCUGCACUAUAUCCACUUGGUGUUCAUGUGCAAAUGGAUUAAAUUUAUCUGUCAGUGUUUAAUUGUUCCAAUGUAUCCUGAUGGGCCUGAAGUGUUGAUUGCGCAAUAAGUUUAAGUUUCUACUGACCAAAAUAAAUGUUUAAUGAAUGCCCGCUCCUUGCAUUUCCUGCUGGCACGUGGAGAAUAGUAUGCGCGAAUAUUAGGUUUCUAACAGAAAUACAGAUUGAUACUCCAUUAUGUUGAGUUAAUUGGGACAAUACCUCGAUUUAUGCGUGUUAUCUCUUAUUAACUGAGACAUUGGCUGGAGCUUAAGUUUGGUUCCAAAUAAUUUGAAUUAUUUCAAGAACCCGUGGAAGGAUUUAUUGGGGGAAACUGUUUCCAGGAGACCGAGUUGAUGUUUUCCUUGGAAGUGUUUACUUGUGAACGCGUCUCUGGUCUAAUGAAUAUGGCCAUGUUUUUGUACUGGUAGUUGACCUAAGCGCACAAGUAGUCAACAAAUAUGGCUCAUGUGAACGUGUACUGACAAUCUUCUAUAUUUUUGCUGCUUGUUUCAGUCCCCUUUACUAGGCCUAGUAAUAUUCCUGUAUAAAAAGUCAAGCCUGUAAGUAUCUUUUCCCAGACGUAGUGCUUCACAUGAGAAGGGGACUGUAUUAUGCACGUGAAAAUAACGUUAUGAAGAUUAUCUUCUCUAAGUUUAGAUUUUGGCGCUGAAAUACUCAGUUAUAUUACCAUUUUACUUGGCGAUGAGCAUUAUAUUUCCUGUGCUAAUUAGUGUCUGCUUGACAGCUGGCAAGAGCAGAAAAUCAAGGAGAGACUUGCUUGUCCGAUCAUUGCAGUAUUCUGGGCUAUCUGUCAGCAUUAUCCCCAACUGAUUUUCCAUUGAUAUUUGAACCAUCGCUGCUAGUUUUUUUUUUCUUUUUUCAUUAACAUUCACGAUCCAAGAUAUCUCUGUUUUUAUUACGUAUUAAAAUCUCUACUUUAUGCUUCAACUUAUUUUCGAUCUAAUCGUUUUAUUUACCAGAUCAGAAUUUAAUACUGUGAGCACUACCGAAGUAGUUCAUUUUACGAUAAUUUUUCGCUACUCGACUUGUCAUACGAAUCUGUCAAAUUCAUUUUUUCGAGUAGUUUUGUCUGAUGCUUGCAAUUGUAAUUGCUGGCAAGAUUGUAAAUAGAAAUUGUAAAGAUGUAGUCUGGAUGAUUCAUUAGCAUUUUUGCAUUCAAUUAGCCGAAUAAAGUUUUGAGUUAGAAGCAUUUCUGCACAUUCAAAAAAUUGAAAUAAUUUGAACGAGAUGUAAGUAAUUUCUUGAUUAUU